UGCAUCGCUACCUCACUAACUAAUUAACAACGAAAGCCAAACAGGACAAGAGACCGGCUCCUCCACCUUCAAAAACACCGAGUCACUGACCCAUUCGAUAAGACCCGCUGAAGUUUGCCCAGAAUUUGCAAAAGAUGGCUACUUUUUCUUCCUCACCUUUGCUAUUUGCAAACCCAGAUUCUGGUUUCUCUCUUUUAGAACGAACUUGUAAAAUCAAGAUGCUUAGAAGAACAACAGCUACUCCUCCAUCCAUUACUGCUGCUUCUUUGAAUGAUAAUGAUGAUCAAAGUUCUUCAUCAAAGUUGGUCACUUUUAUAGGCAAAGGUGGCUCUGGAAAGACUACCUCUGCAAUUUUCGCUGCCCAGCAUUAUGCAAUGUCUGGGCUUCGGACAUGCUUGGUGAUACAGACCCAAGAUCCCUCUGCUGAAUAUCUACUGAACUAUAAGAUUGGAACUUCUCCUACCGAGUGCAGUGACAACCUUUGGGCUGUUAGGUUGGAAACCAGUAAAAUGCUUCUUGAGCCUCUUGAUCGGCUGAAGCAAGCCGAUUCUCGUCUUAAGAUGACUCAAGGAGUUCUCGAAGGGGUGGUUGGAGAAGAGCUUGGUGUGCUUCCUGCAAUGGAUUCUAUUUUUGCAGUAUAUGCACUUGCAGGGCUUGUAGGAUCAUUAAAUGUUAACCAGACCAACAGAGAUAAAUUUGACAUAAUAGUAUAUGAUGGAGUCAGCACUGAUGAAACACUUCGAGUGAUAGGAGCAGCUAGUAAAGCAAGGUUAGUUGAAUUUCUAACCUCCCCAACUCAACUCUCUCUCAUAUUUUUGUCUGUAUUGAACAACAUAACUGUGCUCAGAUUGUAUUUGAAAUAUCUGAGGAAUUUGGCCGAGAAGACUGAUCUUGGGAGAUUGGCUGGUCCUUCACUCGUGAGCCUUGUUGAUGAAGCAUUGAGUUUAAGUGGUAGCAAAUAUAAUUUGAACAGGAAAACGAGUGCUGAAAUAUGGGACAGUUUGGAAACAAUGUUAAUGCAAGGAUCUUCUGCUUUUUAUGAACCAUCUAGAUUUGGAUGCUAUCUUGUGAUGGACCCUAACAUUCCAACAUCAGUGAAUGCUGCUUUGCGUUAUUGGGGCUGUACCCUCCAAGCUGGUGCGCAAGUUUCUGGUGCAAUUGGAAUUUCUUCACCACGUUUCAAUGAAGAAUCAUUGGAAGGAGUCAAGAAAAACUUUUUGCCCUUGCCUUUUGCUUUCAUUCCACAUCUCUCAAUAGGUUACCCUCCUGAAUGGAAUUCAGUCAUGCUAAACACUGUUGGUCAUGAUGCAAGAACUUUAUUUUCCUUGCCAGCAAGUCACAGCAAUAGCAUGGCACCACCAGUAAAGUUUGACGCAGCUGAAAAAUCAGUUACUCUUUUCAUGCCAGGUUUUGACAAGUCAGAGAUCAAGCUAUACCAAUAUAGAGGAGGAUCUGAAUUGUUGGUUGAAGCAGGGGACCAGAGACGUGUAAUCUGUCUCCCAACAAAAAUUCAAGGUAAGGUGGGAGGUGCAAAGUUCUUUGACAGAAGUCUUGUAAUCACAAUGCGAUAGUGUGACUGCAAAAGACUACUUGUCAUGUAUUCUUGCUUUUGUUCUUGACUGUUCAAGAUUGAUGUGUGGAGCAUCGAUAACAGAUUUUAUCUGAUGGUGGCUAUUGGUUUCGGGGUCAUUCACCCUUUGGAAUAAAUCUGAUUAUUGCUCUUUACCUACAA